AUGAAUAGCAUUCUCCCAGCAUUGCGGAUAGGUGAGCGCUUUGCAUGUGGAAGCAUUAUUUUGCGUGCUUGCUCAUCUGCUUCACAGGUGAAACCCAAGGUGCCACUAAGCCCUAGUAGGGAUACGCUACAAAAGGCAACAGUAAGGCCCUCAGUGUUGAGAGACUACAUCUCAGAGGAUCUCCAGGUCGAGGACAAAUUUAGGUUAGAAUCGCUAGUAACUGUGCCUGAUAUGUUCAACGCCCGCCUCCAUCUUGGUCACAAGACUGGUACAUUGAAUGAUAACAUGAAAUGGGCCCUCUACGGUGAGCGUCUAGGAGUUUGUAUUUUUGAUCUAGAUAUAACUAGAACACACCUUAUAAGAGCUUUGAACUUCGUGGCGCAUGUAGCCAUGCGUGGUGGAUUAAUUUUGUUUAUCACUACAAACCGUGAAACCAUGUUUUCCGUCGAGAAGACCGCAGAAGAAUGCGGACAGUACUCUCAUGUUCGACGGUGGCAGGAAGGCACUCUAACUAACACUCGCCAGCUUUUCGGUGCUAGUAUACGAUUGCCGGACACCAUCAUCUUCAUGAAUACAUUGACAUCAUUGUCUGUCAAUCAUCCAGCGAUCAUAGAGGCUGCGAAAAUGACGAUUCCCACUGUAGGCAUUGUAGAUACCAAUUCUGAUCCAGCAUACAUCACAUACAUGGUUCCAGCUAAUGAUGAUAGCUCGCAAAGCGUUGAGUACCUAUUAAGGUUGUUCAAGGAAGCCAUCAUGCGAGGGAAAGAAGCGCGAAAUUCGCAACAGUCACACCAAUAACUAGCGUCUUUCUAGAUUUAUGUAUAAAUUGUUUUAGACCUCAUUUGUUUGUUAUUUUCCAUGUAAUAAAUUUUAUAAC